CAUGUGCUUGCCCGAGAAGGAAAGCCCUAUUAAUUGGCUAUCUAAUCUCUGAGCACACAGCAACUAGAGAAAGCUAAUGUAAAUACAAAAUAUUCCAAAACACGCUAUACACGUAGAUAUUGCUCUAUUAUCAUUGCCAAUCGUCGCUAUAUAAGCUCAGAAAAAUUAAACAAGUUGAUUAAAUUGUGGUAGAGAGUGUCUUGAACAAGUCGACUAAUGACGCAGCUUCAACCGAUUAGCAUCCACGAUCUGCCAGAACUACAGGCACUCUAUAGACGAGAGGGGCCCAAAUAUUUCAAGGAAUAUUAUGUACUCAGCACCGUCAUUAAAUAUAUCAAGACUGAACCAGGACUGAAGCAUUUUAAUGCCUACACUCUGGCAGAUUCACAUGCCCAAGAGCUUGGACUCUUUUUACUUGUGGAUCGCUAUCAACUAUUUGUCGGCUGUCUGGGGAACAAGUUUGAUUUGUUGGAACACGCUCUGCACCAGCUGGACUGGUCACGGGGCUUUCAAUGCAGCUCAUUUGCAGCACGAUACCUAGCUACCAUAUUGAAGGUUAUAGAAGCCAAGCAAUUGACGAUCACCUCAGAACUUCACUCCAAUCUAUACACUCUACCAGCAGAAGAAGCCAUGCAACUGAGGGUGGACUGCCCAGAAGGAUUCCAGUUAAGGCCUUUAGUCGAAGCAGAUGCCCAGUUAAUAGACAAAAUGUGGUCCUACAGUGGACCGGGUUCCUUGUACUUUAUUCAACGGCAGAUUCGUCUAUGCCCCAGCAUGGGAUUAUACGAUAUGCAAUCUAACAAGCUGGUUGCCUGGUGCGUCAGAACAAUGGAAGGUUUGUUGGCCGCCAUGCAAGUUGAUAACGCGUACAGAAGGCGUGGAUUUGGUACUAUCGUCGUUGCGGCUUUAUCUCGGGAGAUCGGUGCUUUGGGCGACGAUGUUGGCGCUGAAGUACAUCCAGAGAAUAUUAUCUCUAGUAGCAUAUUCAAUAAAUUGGGAUUCCGUGUGAGUGAUCAAUGCUAUUUGCGUGACACUGCACCUGAAAAUGGCAAAUUUACGUGGCCAAAUGGCCAGUAAUGUUGUUUGUGAUAAAAAGCAAGAUGUCCUGACUAAAAGUCAAUACUUAUCAUCAUUACUAUUGUGUUAUCCAUUUUUGUCCCCAUAUAUCCAACAGGAACCGAACUAAUUUGCGCCUUCAGUUUAAAAUUACUAUCCUAAAAGUAUGCAAUAAAUCUCAUUAUAUACGCAGCA